UCACACUAUUCCAAUCAGCUGGGCAUCGGCGAGUUGUUUUUUGUAAAUUAAAACGCAUUUCAAAGGAAUUCCGCAUUUACUUGUUAACUUUAAAAACAAAUGCCUUGCUUGCUGUGCACGCAGAGCGCGGAUGGUGCUGUGGGCAACAUAGAAUUCGCCUCAGAAGAGGCGUAUUCACUGGGUCUGCGAUGCAUAAUCGAAAAACACUUCUGGCUGAAGAUUCCGGACUCGAGCAUUGGCUAUGUGUGCGGUAGCUGCUGGGAGCAGCUUUUCCUUUUCCACAACUUCUACGUAAGCGUGGAGCAGGCUCACAAGGCGCUGGAACAAACGGUUCUUGAGGAGGCAUCUCCUCCAGAAGAAGCUUUCUAUGCUCAUGGCAGACAAUUAGUUAAGAGCGAGCAGGUGGAGAGCGUUGCAGCUGCCGUUAAGCGGCGGAGGGGGCGUCCCAGAAAAACGGAAAACGCUUCAAACGAUGCCAGCGAAGAACUGAAGAGCGUGCUGGAGCAAAUCAACCUGAACGAGAUAAAAAUCGAGUUCCCAGAAGCCGAUCUCACCAUUGCUGAUGUGCUAGAGGAUCAAGAGGAAUUAGAUUUUCUACCAAACGAUUGCAUUAGCGGGGAAGAGGAUGAAGAUGAGUCAGAGGGUUUGGAGGAGCCCCAGCCAAAGAUCAAGAGAAAGGUUCGCGGGCGACCAAGGGGACGAGGAAAAGCGCGACUCCCGGAGCGUCCAAAAAAAAAGUCGCUUCAAAACAUUAAGAAGUCGCAAGAGUUCAAUGACUUUAUUCGCGAGCACUACAAAGUGCAGUGUCACAUCUGCAGCAAACCCAUGGAAGGAUUUUCCGAAAUGCUGGUGCACGUACGGCGCGAGCAUAAGCAGCGGGGCUACUCCAUGUGCUGCAAUCGUAAAUUCUGGAAGCGUGGCGUCCUCGUAGACCACUUACGUCGUCACCAGGACCCCGAGCUUUUUAAGUGCUCCAUCUGCGCUCGCGUGAUGGGCCAGCGCCGUAGCCUGGAGCUGCAUAUGCGCAUGCACGAGAUUAAGACACGCGGACGCCUUUACCACUGCGACCAUUGCUCCAAAAGUUUCUACAGCUCUGUGGUUUGCGAGAGGCACAAGCUCACGCACAUUCCUCGGGAGCAGUGGCAGGUGAAGUGCACCCACUGUGAGAAGACUUUUCCAACCCAGUACACAAUGCAGCAGCAUGUGAAGCUGGUCCAUUUGAAUUUAUACGCCAAGAUCUGUGAUGUCUGUGGAAAAUCAAUCAGGGGACGCGAAGCCUUGGCCCGCCACAUGGAGGAACACACAGGCGCGCCGCAGUCAGCCAUUAAGUGCCAUUUGUGCGAUUCCAUGCUGACCACCAAAUAUGGACUGGCCCGGCACAUAAAAAUGAUGCACACAGAGGAGAACCUACAGCCAAUGCAGUGCGAGAUCUGCCUUAAAAUCUCGCCUAGUUUGCAGGCGCAUCAGCACCACAUCAAGUACACCCACAAAACGGCUCGCAGUCACCAGUGUCCGAUGUGCGAGAAGGCUUUUAAAAGACCCAACGAGCUGAGGGAACAUAUGACAACGCACACGGGAGAGGUGCUGUAUACCUGCCCCCACUGUCCCCAGACUUUCAACUCGAAUGCCAACAUGCACGCCCAUCGAAAGAAGGUGCAUCGCAAGGAGUGGGAGGAAAACCGCCACCAACGUAUUAACCGUCCUCGGAAAUCGGACACGAUUAUCGCGGUAAGCGUGCGCAAAACCACGGAGGCCAGACAGGAUGAAGGGAAAGGAGCUGCAGGCGCGUUAGUGUUACCGAAUAGCCCUGGACCAGAGUGCUAGCCCUACGUGACCUUUUGACCCAAUAAAAACCAAAUCAGAAACUA